GGGCUGGUCACGUGCCAUUGUUUGGCGCUUUUGUGAGGCGCAGGUCGGUUUGGAGCUGAGUGUGGCCAGCGGCGCGGACGGAGCAGGGGUUCCACUGAUUGGAGUCUUUCCAGAGCACAUUUCUGGUGUCUGCCUUCUUAGUCAUGGCUUCUUCUGAUAUUCAGGUGAAGGAGCUGGAAAAGCGUGCCUCUGGGCAGGCAUUUGAGCUGAUACUCAGUCCUCGUUCAAAAGAAGCAGUCCCAGAAUUUCCCCUCUCCCCUCCAAAGAAGAAGGAUCUUUCACUGGAAGAAAUUCAGAAGAAGUUGGAAGCUGCAGAAGAGAGACGUAAGUCUCAUGAAGCAGAAGUCUUGAAGCAAUUAGCUGAGAAACGAGAGCAUGAAAAAGAAGUUCUUCAGAAAGCAAUUGAAGAAAAUAAUAACUUCAGCAAAAUGGCAGAAGAGAAGCUGACCCACAAAAUGGAAGCUAACAAAGAAAACAGAGAGGCACAAAUGGCCGCUAAACUGGAGCGCUUGAGGGAGAAAGACAAGCAUAUUGAAGAAGUACGAAAGAACAAAGAAGUCAAAGAACCUGGCGAGAACGAAACUGACUGACUUCAUUCUGGAAAAUGACUCUCCCCCCUCCCCCUAAAUAUCCAAAGACUGUAUUGGCCAGUGGGUUUUUUGUUGAAUUUCUAGAAAACUGAUGUAGAGCUGUAUAGUUAGAUCUAAACUGUACACUUGCUUUGGGGACUAAAGGGGAGAUCUUACAUGUUUCACUUUUUCUAAAGUGUUGUCUUUCCAGUGUAGCUAUCUUCUUGUUGCAUCCUUUUCUACUCCAGUGCACUUGCUACUGGGCUGAUGGCUAGUACUGUAUAAGCUCUGUAAGACAUGUUUGUGAAAGGAAUAUGUAGUAUACUAUUCCAUGCUGAAUGUUACACUUCAAAAUCUGACUCUGUCCCAGUCUUAUAAGAUACUACUGUAACUGACUGACUUAAUAAAGCUGCACAGUGCUAUUAUCACAAGUGAAUUAUUUCUGGAACUAGUAUGACAAUGCAUUAAAAAAAUCCAACUUUU